CCUAAAACCUAAUUCCCAUCCUUCCCUCCUCUCCCCCUCUCCCCCCUUAUUCUUCCUUAUACACAAGCAUAGGAGCUGAACCGUGAUAUAUGCUUAAUAAGUAAAUGGAGCAGAGAUUGGCUAAUACAUGGCGAAUGACCGUAAACGAGAAGAAGUUCAUCGAAACAGCUUUACUUUCGGACCUUAGAAUUGAUGGUCGUCGCCCUUUUGAUUACCGUAAUAUAACUAUCCGGUUUGGUAGGGAAGAUGGGUCAUCAGAGGUGCAGCUCGGCCAGACUCAUGUAAUGGGGUUCGUAACUUGCCAACUGGUGCAACCUUAUCGGGACCGGCCUAAUGAAGGAACUCUUGCAAUAUAUACUGAGUUCUCUCCGAUGGCUGAUCCUUCAUUUGAGGCGGGACGUCCUGCAGAAUCUGCAGUGGAGUUGGGACGCAUAAUUGACCGUGGAUUAAGGGAAAGCAGGGCCGUGGACACAGAAUCUCUCUGUGUUGUUGCUGGGAAAUGGGUGUGGUCCCUUCGUGUUGAUCUCCACAUAUUAGACAACGGAGGAAAUCUUGUUGAUGCUGCCAAUAUUGCUGCUCUUUCGGCCCUACUUACAUUUCGGAGGCCAGAGUGCACAUUUGGAGGAGAGGAUGGUCAAGACGUUAUAAUACAUGCACCAGAAGCAAGGGAACCUCUUCCAUUAACCGUGCAUCACCUCCCUAUAGCAAUAACCUUUGCGUUUAUUGGUGACGAGAAUACAGUCGUGAUUGACCCGACGCACUUCGAAGAAGCUGUUAUGGGAGGAAGAAUGACUGCCACUGUAAAUGCAAAUGGCGAUAUAUGUGCUGUUCAAAAAGCUGGAGGAGAGGGCGUCAUACAGAGCGUUAUUAUGCAGUGUUUACGGAUUGCCUCUGUGAAGGCUGCAGAUAUAACGACGAAAAUAGAAGAUGCCGUCAAGUCGAACAAUACAGAAAGAGCUCUAAGAAAGAUCAAGCGACACCCUCCCUCUGUUGUAGUUGAUGUCAUCAAAGCUGGUGAAAAGGGGGCAAAUAAUUUGUUGAAGGAAAAUAUGGAGAAGCCACAACUAAAAAUAGAGGACAGCAGUUUCAGUCAAGGCGAUGACAUGGACAUUGAAACCGAAUCGUCUAAGCAAGAUGAUGGUCGAACAAGGACUGACAAAGAUGCAAGUUUCAUUGGCGGGCCAUCAAGUUGGGAUCCGUAUUCAAAGGGUGUCAAUGCUGACGAAUUGAAAGCAUCUCUUGCCUCACGAGUUGCAGUGACAUCCCCGAAAGACACAACACCACUGGUGGAACCACCUGUAACUGUAACGGAUCUGCCAGUCACAUCUACGACUGCAGCAUCUUCAUCAACAGAGACUACUGGAGCUGGACAGCAGACGAACAAAGAGAAGACGUUAAAGGAUGCUGUGAAGCCGAAGCACAAAAGGAAAAAGAAGACGUCAGCAAGUUAAGAAAAUUCUGCACGAGCGAUCUCUUUUGAUGCAUUCAGCGAUUGCAACCCGGGCUUGAACCGUGAAGAGGAAGGUCAUAAUGUUGACAUCAUCCAGUUUACCAAGUUUUAUUUUCUUGGAAUUCAUUCCGACUCUGCUGGAAGUAGUGCUUUACAAGGUUUUUCCGAUUCCGAUGCCGAUGCCGAUUGUGCAGUAGCUCUGUCUUCAGGAAUUAGGAACCUGGAAAGUUUAGGCAAGAUUUUAUUUGGAAUGUAAAUUUGAUGUAGUAUCUGCUUAUGGUUUUAUAAUAUUCCAUGGGAAAUUAGUUGAAUAGCAUAUCUACUGGCUUUUUUAAUUAAUUGAAAUUAGUAGAAGUGUAAGCGAACCCACUCGAUAACUAGUAUCUAUUUGUAGUCAGGGUUGAGCUACAUUUUUCAUUAUAUUUUCUUGAUGAUUGUCCA